AAAGAGAGAGAGAGAGAGAGAGACUGAGCACCAGUAAGCUUGUUAGCUCAAGCUACCAGCUGGAAAACGGAAAUGUUCAGUGUGCACAGAGGCUUGCAUAUUUAACUCUGACAUCUCACUACCAUGUUUUCCAAUUUGGUAGUGGUUAGAACAGGGAGCUGGAAUUGAUGCAUAUAUCAGUAGUAUCCUUGUUGGAGUGGCUAUCGCUUGAAUUCUUUGGAGAUCUCUGGAGAAGACAGAAAGAAACUGAAAUGAGCACGGGUCACUUUGGAGGGACUACUGCUGAGUGGAUUGGAUUGGAUGGGCAACUAUGCAGAAGAACAACGAAUGGGGCCUUCAGUGUUACCAAGCUAGGCAUAAAUGAAUAAAACCUACCAGACUCCCCAUGGCUUCUUCAGAAGACCCUAUUGGUCUGAUUAAGGAAUUCCACCACUGUUGGAGAAAACACUCUGCCUUUGUUUCCCACUUUUUAGCUUUCAACACAUAAAUGAAAAAGUCUCAGAAAGCUGAUCUAUCCAAGUUAAGCACCUCUGAAGAACUGCGGACUCACUGAGUACUAAAGCAAACCUUUCUUCUAUGUGAGGCAAUCAUAAGAAAAAACAGCCUGUCAAACACCUGUAAAGAGAUGGCUAUCAUCAUAUGGAAAUUUGAAGAGCUGCUAUGUGGCACAUUCAUGAUUCAAAUGGGAGAGAAUCAACUGUCAUGAUGUCCCAGAAGGCCUUAUAACAGUAACAAAAGGGAAAAAUUAUAACAGCUUGUUAUCUGUGCUUGUACACUAGAGUUCAGUGUAAUUACUGUAAAAAAAAAAUCCAAGGUGAAUAUGCAAAUAGUUCUUUGAAAAGCCCCAAAAUUAUGUGUAGAGGCUCAGACCAAUGCAAUAAAAAGGAGUUUAUUUUAUACUCACUCUCUCCAAUCCACUGAUAUUAGGUCUUUUAGAAAGAGUGACAGUUAAUUGUGAAUUUAUAUUUUGAACCACCAUUUGGCGAAGACAGUUGCUCUGGAAGGAAAUAUGCCUGCUAAUGAUACAUGUGCUGGGCCAGAUGGAUAUAAGACAGAUUUUCGAUAUUUUAUCUAUGCAGUGACAUAUACUGUAAUUCUUGUACCAGGUCUCAUAGGAAACAUAUUAGCUUUAUGGGUAUUUUAUGGCUAUAUGAAAGAAACCAAACGGGCUGUGAUAUUCAUGAUAAACUUAGCCAUUGCUGACUUACUACAAGUUCUCUCCCUGCCACUGAGGAUCUUUUACUACUUGAAUUAUGACUGGCCAUUUGGGCCUGGCCUCUGCAUGUUCUGUUUCUACCUGAAGUAUGUCAACAUGUAUGCAAGCAUCUACUUCUUGGUCUGCAUAAGUGUGCGACGAUUUUGGUUUCUCAUGUACCCCUUUCGCUUCCAUGACUGCAAACAGAAAUAUGACCUAUACAUCAGCAUUGCUGGCUGGUUGAUCAUCUGCCUUGCCUGUCUGCUCUUUCCUCUCCUCAGAACCAGUGACGACACUUCAGGCAACAGAACCAAAUGCUUUGUGGAUCUUCCUACCAGGAAUGUCAAUCUGGCCCACUCUGUUGCAAUGAUGACCAUUGGCGAGUUGAUUGGGUUUGUCACUCCUCUUCUGAUUGUCCUGUAUUGUACCUGGAAGACAGUUUUAUCACUGCAUGAUAAAUAUCCUGUGGCCCAGGAUCUUGGGGAGAAAAAAAAAGCCUUGAAGAUGAUUCUAACCUGUGCAGGCGUAUUCCUAAUUUGCUUUGCACCUUAUCACUUCAGUUUUCCUUUAGAUUUCCUGGUCAAGUCCAACAAAAUUCAAAGCUGCUUAGCCAGAAGGGUGAUUCUAAUAUUUCAUUCUGUUGCCCUCUGUCUUGCUAGUCUGAAUUCCUGUCUUGACCCAGUCAUAUACUACUUCACCACUAAUGAGUUCAGAAGACGACUUUCAAGACAAGAUAGCAUCCAACUCCAUGCAAAAUCCUUUGUAAGCAACCAUACCACUUCUACUCUGAAAACUGAAUUAUGCUAAAUUAAAACAAAACCUGAAUGUGGUCUGAAAAUGCAAGCCACUGGAAAGUAAUUACAGGAAGCACUCACAGCUUUUCAUUUAACUCUAUCUUACCUACAUGAGGAAUUUGCAUCUUUAUAACAGAACCUGUUUAAAGCAUUGUAUUCCACCAUCACUGUUGUUGACCUGUCCAUGUAAUAAUUUGUUAUUAAGUCAGGAUUUAAACUGUAAAACUUCAGUGACAUUCUAUAUAUAUGCACUCAAUUAGAGUCAUCAGUUUUAUGUGAACCUAAGACACAGAGACUAUUAGCUUGGGCUCAUCAUAAGCACUUAGUUUUGCUGCAAUGGACACUGAGACUCUGUAUUUAGAGGCAAUGUAGUUGUCUAUCCAUACUAGUAAUCACAGUUUAUAUUCAAAUACCAUAUUUUGAGUGUAUUUUAACUAAGAUGGACAAUAUAUUAUUCUGUGAAAACAAAGUGGGAUAAACAUGGGACCAUUUUCAUCUCACAUGUGUGAUUAUACUUUAGGGUUUGAAGACUCAAAUAACUGUUUUCUUCAUUUAAAUGUCAAUAUGAAACAUCAUCUGUCACACUUAUUUAUAAAAUGAAAAUCUGAACUCAGGCCUCUGGUAUGUUUAAAGUAAGAACAAGAAACAAAUUCACAUACAGUAACCUCUAUGAUUAUAUAAGAUGUCAUAUUGAAUCCACCCAGGUCAGAUAGCUCUCCAAAGUACGUACAAUGUGACCUAAAUUGCCUCUAUAGGUCCAGAAGACAGCAGAUAAGUGACAAUCACAGUUCCGGUUCUCUUAAACUAUUUCUAAAGAAUUCCUAUUGAAAUGUAUGGACUUACCUAAUAGAGGGAGUUUCCACCAUGCUUCUAAAGUAACACUGAGUAUCUCUGACAGGUUACUGCACUUUUUGAGCCUAUGAAAGAUGUAGUGCACUAAUUAAUUACUAAGCUGAGGCCAGAACAAAAAAAAAUAAAUGGAUAGGUACACCUCUUAAAAGCUUCACCACGUUGUAUUUCUUAAUUUAAGAGGCGACUGUCAAGCCGCCUUCAUGAACUGAAGGCAGCCAGGCAUGUGGACCGUAGAGUCUUCAGAAAUUUUUCUGGUCCAGCUUCGCCUCAGUCAUAUCAUUGUGAAUCCUGCACAGCCUACCUCCCAGCAACUAAGGAAGGAGAUUCUUUCACCUUUUUGGGAAAAAAAAAACUGCAAAAGAUUAAUUUUGGUAGCAUUGGACUCCCCUUACAGUUAUUUGCCUGUUACCUGUUUGGUACUAGUAUUCAGGUAGCAGACCCAAGAUAUGAGUCAUAAUUAAAUCAGAGGUCUAAAAUAUUAUGGUACUUUGAAACAUGUUUUAGCAAAAAGCUCUAAUUUAAAACGAUGGUCUACUAAAAAAUCUGUGUGCUAUAUAAUAAAGACACAUGCUACUUCUCAUCUGGAAGGAAUGUAGAAAUCAACCAAGGGCUCCAUCAUAUUUUUAUAGGAAAGGAAUUGUUUUAGGCACACAGUUAUGAUACUAAAUGAUUGGGGGAAACUGGUAAAUCAAAAUUAAUUCUAAUAUCUAAGAGGAAUGGAAAAUUUUCUAAUGUUUUCUCUAGACAAGUAUUGAUUUUGCUUGUACUUUGUUAUUAAAAUAACACCCUAUUAGAAAACGGACUUUGUGCUGCUAACAAUAGUGUUUAUCUCAUUAUUCAUUGUAAGUUAUGUAUUUUGAUGUGUUAUAUGAGUUCUAAAUGAGUGUUAAAUUGUGUUUUAAAAAGAAUAACUGUAACUAUGUCUGGUCUGUUUGCUUUAAAGUGAUUUGUGUUUGAAUAUAAUUUAGCACUGUAAUGGGAUCACAAGUAAUAAUUUUGUGGGUACUUAUAUUUGUCUAUACUAUAUUUGUUUACUAUUUUUUAGAUUAGCAUGGAUUACACUUUUUAGGGUCAUUUUGGGAUACCAGAGAUUUAAUUUUAUUAACAUAUUAAUGUUACUUUAAACAUAUCUAUUUUUUUCUAAAAAGGAGAGGAAAUAUUUCUAGGACAUUAAUGACUUUCCUAGAGGAAUGUUUGAGGGGGUUAGAGCCCAUUUAUUAUGUGGUCCAGAAGGCCUUGCAGAUCAUUUACAUCACUGGAGGAAGGACAAGUGUCCUGUAUUGUUAUGCUGUGUAGCUAAGACCAUCACUUCUCCCCAGGUCUGCCCAUAGGUUUGUAUUAAGUGUUGUAAUUUACUUCAUUUACCCCUCUUCCCUAUCGAUAUGUUUUUCCUUCUGUCCUAUUCGCUUGUUCUUCUAGUCAGUAAUCUGAUCAAUUUAUUCAUACUAAGGUGCUAGUGACUUGCCCAGGGUUAUCUGAAUUCAAGUUUUAGGGAUAAACCAUAAUUCAAAGUGUUAAUACCUUACCUUUAAUGGAAGGAUGAAAGACACUGAAGAAAACUGGAGGGGAAGAUUUUUUUAAGAAAGUGGAUUUUACAGCAGUGUCUUUCAAAUUGUAUAUAGUAAGUGAUCGCCUACUUUGCUUACCAUAAUUCUAAGAAAUAUAUCCACUAUCUAUAUAUUGAUCAUCUAUCUAUCUAAUCACAAUAUUUCAGUUUCUCACAUCUCUGCUUGUUUCCUUUUUCUUUUUGAUUUUUCCCCUUCCAACUCUGGACUUUAUUUCCAGAAGAAAAGCAUUGCUUUUAGGAGUAGGAGGGAUGUGCUACUAUAGCUGCCCUCUGGACAGCAGUGUCCUCUCUUGAGUUUCUCUUUUCCUUGGAAAAUCUUCUUUUUGAAUCUCCCAUUUAUCACUCUCCGGGUUCAAUGAAAUCAAAGUGCAAAAAAUAAGCACCCUCAACUAUAGUAAUAUACAAUUCAAGAUAAAUAAACUCACAUUUCCUAUAUAAAGUUUUUUUGAGUUCUGAUUCCAAAACAUACACAUAAUUUUCCAAAAACAGAGAUUAUUAAUAUGGGGUGAUUUCCAUGUUAUUAUUAUUGUCAUUAUUGUUAUUGUUAUUAUUAUUAUUAUAUUCAAAUGGUUUUUAUGUUUUCAGUGUCAUUCAGGUAAGCAGCUAAUUCUAUUAACCCUUAAUUCCAUACAAAAGGAACCAUCUGCCCUAGAAACAACAGAUCAAGCUACCUUGAUCUGAAAGAGUACAUAAGUGGAACUUUUGCGUAACUUCAUUUUUAUAUCAUCUUUCUGUUUUUACUUCCAAGACACUGUGAAAAUGUUACACUUGGAAUUUAUUUACAUCUGUAACUUAUAAUUUGUAUUUUAAUAAUAAAGAUGGUCUCUGUAAUUA